AGAUGAAGGACCCGCUGAGCAGCUGUUCUUAUAAUCUGCUGUAUCAGGAUCUGAAGAGAAUCUCUAAGAAUGGCGAGUUUUUCUGCAAAGAGCUCUUGGCCGUCUUUCAGCAAAGAUCUGAACUGGAGAUCAACUAUUCGAAAGGACUUCAGAAGAUCGCAGGGAAACUUCUUAAAGUCUCGAAAGAGAUGUGUGACAACUCCACAUAUCGUGCGUGGUCCUUCAUUUCAGAUGAAAUGUACGCCUCAGCAGAUGCCCACCGCAUACUGGCAAAUGCUCUCAACCAAGAUGCUAUUCAGGAAAUCCGUCAAAUCCUAGAUGAACACGGCAAAAGAAAAAGACCGCUUGACAAUGCUGUUGAAAAGUCCGGAAAGCUUGUUCUUACAAACUGGAGUGAACAAAUUAAGCUGAAAAAGAAGCUGAUUGGGUUGACGAGAGAACAUGAAGCUCUCUUCAGCUUUGUGGAGAAAAAUAAGCAAAUCUGUACAGAGAAGGAAAAACAGAAGAUGUUGAACAGAUUGACUAAAUCAGCAGAGCUUCAGGCCAGAGCUGAUGAGGAAUAUUUUAACACCAACAUGGAGGGUCACCACAUCCGACUGAAGCUGGAGAACACGCUGAAAACCUGCUAUCAGAUUGUUCAGGAGCUUGAGAAGCAAAGAAUAGAGACUCUGUCCAACACCCUAGACAAGUACAGUCUCUUCAUGACUGUCUACGCACAGACUGUCGUUCACAGUCAUAAACAGAUCGAGCAGGCCAUACGCAAAGUUGAUGUGGAGAAGGACAUUCAGUCGCUGGUCGAGGACGUCAGCGCUACAGCGGAUGAAAGCAAAGCUGAAUUUCUCAUGGCUGACUACUUUGAGGAAGAAGGAAAAACAGUCAUGAGAAAAGACAGAAGGAAAGAUGCCAUCAGGACCAAACUUCAGCGUCUGGAGGACUGCAUCACAAAAUCAAAAAGUGACAGAGAAGGUUUAGAGAAAAUGGUGAAAGUAUACACAGAACAGCCAAACUUCUCCAAUCAAAAAAACCUGGAGGAAACGGAACAGUUACUGGAUGAGGCCAUCCUCAAACUGGACCUUUUGGAGGCGACGCAUUGCAAACUCACUCACAGUCUGGCGGAGAUAGAGGGCAAACCAAAAUCAAGACAUCGAUUCAGUGACAGCAUCACUAAAUGGAAAGAAAAGGACUGCGAGCACAACGUGGUGCAGCUUUCUCGACCGGUGAGGAUCAAAAAGACUCCGUUCAGAUCACGUCAGUCUAUGAGGCGCGCUGUGAUCAAAAAGAGUGCGCUGACCAACCAAAGCCCUGAUACGACAAGUGAAGAGCCCUCGACUGAGACGACCGAUGUCAUGCAUAACAACACAGACGAGCAACAGAGCGGCCCGGUUAACGGAAGCAUGUCUGAAUCUGAAGAGGAUAAAGGCUCAGAAUUCCACUCAGUCGGCAGAUGCAAGGCUUUAUACAGCUUCACGUCAGAAAGAGAGGAUGAGUUAAACAUUAAUGAAGGAGACGUACUGGAUAUCUUUCAGAAGGACGACACGGGCUGGUGGUUCGGUGAGCUCAACGGACAGAGAGGACAUUUCCCAUCCACGUAUGUGGAAGAGCUGCCUGUUUUCACUGAGAUGAAGUCCUCUGAAGCUUAGCUUCAAAAGAGCAUGUGAUGGAAAAGGUCACUGAUGAUUCAC